UUUAAACAGCCUCAGACCUUGCUGAGUUGAUAGGAAGAAAAAAGAGAGAGAAAAGAGAGAAAGAGUAUAAAGAGAAGAGAAAAAGAAAAGAGAGAAAACUACACCAUGGUUUCUAGGGAGCACAAGAUAGCAGCACUGCAUGGGAAGCUGCAACUUCUUCGUUCAAUUACUAACUCUCAUGCUCUCAACAAAACAUCAAUCAUAGUAGAUGCAUCAAAGUACAUUGCAGAGCUAAAACAGAAAGUAGAAAGACUCAAUCAAGAUAUAGCAAAUGCACAAACUUCAAAUGACCAAAACCCUUUGCCUAUUCAGGUUACUGUAGAAAACCUAGAAAAGGGUAUUCUUAUAAAUGUGCUUUCGAAGAAAAGUUGCCAAGGCCUACUUGUGUUCAUAUUAGAAGCCUUUGAAGAACUGGGUCUUAAUGUGCUGGACGCUAGGGUUUCUUGUACAGACACAUUUAGCUUACAAGCAGUUGGCGGAGAAUUAGAUGAAGAAAAUGGUGAAAGCAUUGACGCUCAAGGGGUGAAACAAGCCUUAUUGAAAGCCAUUAGAAACUGGAGUAGAAAUGCUGAUCAACAAGAGUAAUCAAUAACAUAAGUGUUCUUAUAUAUAUUUAUAUAAAAUAUAGCUCUCCACUUUCUUUUAAUUUGUGUUUUAGCAAGGCCAAGGCUGGCAAUGUUGUUGUUAACCAAGAAAUUCAUCUUUAAUUUUGAGUUUAAGUCCAAAGUGAAUGAAGAUCGCAAAUCUAAAUUAAAUUCAUAAUUGUCUUACGUUACAAGUACAAGCAGUACUCAU